UCAUCUGGGGCAUGCUUUUGCUCUCUCUGAGGGAAGCCAGCUGCCAAGUUGUGAGCUGCCCAACAGAGAGGCCCAUGCAGCAGGGCUCCGGCCAACAGCCAGCGGGACCAGCGAGGCCAGCAAGGAACUGAGGUCUGCAGUCCAGCAACCCACGAGGCACCAAAUCCUGCCAAUAAGCACCCCCGCGGAGGGGAAAACAGAAAUUCCUGGUGGAUGACACAGGCCCGGCGGCCGCCUGAGAGCCGAGCACGGGACCGGCUGGGCCGGCUUCGCCCGCCCUGAACCCACCGCCUGCCCCGCCACCAGGGCCGCGGGAACCCGUCAUCAGCCUAAUCCAUGGGAAGGAAGCAUGGAGAGCAGAUGUGAAGUCAGACCUGGUUUUAAAUCCUGGCCCUGCUACUCUCAGCUUUGUGACCUUACGUAAGUCACUUAACCUCUCUGAGUGGUAGUUCUUCCAUCUGUCAAAUGGGGAGAAUAAUGGCAUGUUUCUUACAGGCUUGUGUGCGGUGUCAGUGAGGUAACACUGACACGCGGCAAGCCCAGACUUGGGCGUAUGUAUGUGCUCGAAUGAAUGGUCUGUGGGAUCCCUAGGAAGACCUCGGUUUUCUUCAUCUGAAAAUUAGGUCUCUCUCUGACUUAGAGUGAAAAGUUUGGGCUAAACUUUUCCUGGUCUUGGUGGUGAUGGGGAGACGUGGUAGAAUUGUGAGCAGCUUGGGCAAACUCUCGGAGACAGUUCGUAGCUGUGGUCUGGUGUUGGUCACCCUCUGGGACUCAGAGCCCUGUUUACAGAGAGAGAAGCAGAACACAGCUCCCCCACUCACCUGCCCAGAUUAUCCAAAGCCCAGCCAGGCAUUCAGUGGAGUUCAGAGAGGAAACGUCUAGCAAGCCCAGGUCAGAGCAAAGGUGUAACAUUGGCAAAGUUCAUAUUUUAUGUCAUCAACCUCUUCCUUGGCUCCGUCUCCCUAUAUCCCUGGAUAAACUUGUCCUUCCUUAGGAAAGAACAGGAGGUCAGUCAUACCUGAAGGAGGAUUUCAGUCUUUGGAGAUAGUUCUGCCACAGUCCUGCAUUUGACACAUGGGAAUCUGAAGCCCAGAGAGGGCAGGACUUUGCCAGAGAAUACACAGCAGUCCUGAGAAGAAUGGCUAAAUGAGGUGUGGUAUCGCCCUGCAAUGGAAUAAUACACAACAACAUAAAGAAACUGCGGAGAGACGGAUGCAACAACAUGAAUGAAUCUGACAUGCUGUUGAGUGAAAGAAGCCAGGCGCAAAGAAUAGCCCUCACAGCUCCCUGGCUAAUGAGUCAAGCAGUGAUCGGUGUCAGGCCCACAGCAGGGACUCAGCCAUGCAGGAAGAGUGGGAAUGUACUGCAGAGCUCCUGCCCGGGGGGCCGCCACAUCAUCCACUCAGAGUUUAUGGAGUACUUCCUGCCUGGCAGGCGCGUUGGCAAAUCUGGGAUCCGUGAACAAUGAAGAUGGAGGGCAGCAGCAACUUCCCUGGAUCAUCUCGAGUGUUAACAAGCAAACAUUUCUAGAGCUGUAAGAGCCAGCAUCUGAGGAUAAAAAUGUCCCUGAAGGCGGAGCGACAGCCGCUGGAGGACAGCGGAGGCGGCGCGGCCCGUCCUGUCCUCGCCGUGAGGCCGCAGCAGGCGCCAGUGUCCGGGAAGGUUUUCAUUCAGCGAGACUACAGCAGUGGCGCCCGCUGCCACUUCCAGACCAAGUUCCCCGCGGAGCUGGAGAACCGGAUUGACAGGCAACAAUUUGAAGAAACAGUUCGAACUCUAAAUAACCUUUGUGCUGAAGCAGAGAAGCUCGGGGGCCAGUCCUAUCUUGAAGGCUGCCUGGCUUGUCUGACAGCGUACACCAUCUUCUUGUGCAUGGAAACUCGCUACGAGAAGGUUCUGAAGAAAGUCUCCCAAUACAUUCAAGAGCAGAAUGAGAAGAUCUAUGCUCCCCAAGGCCUCCUCCUGACAGAUCCCAUCGAGAGAGGACUUCGAGUUAUUGAAAUUACUAUUUAUGAAGACAGAGGCAUGAGCAGUGGAAGAUAAACCAUAGAAUUAAAGGCCCACCUCCAGCUGGGACCCUCAUCUGUGCACCGGUCGACCGCAGAGUGUCCCCCACCUCCUCUCCAGGGCAUCAUUCCUUCGUAUCUGCUGCCAGAGCCACGGUGCCGUUCACUCCAAGGACUGACUUUCUAGAAUUCCACACCUGGAGUGACCUCUAGUCUCUCAGCAUCCACUUUGUGUCUCCAAAUUGUGGAGGACUCUGCAAUCUUUUGAUUAGUUUUUGAGAAAAUGCAAUGAAGCAUGUCACUUUUUUAAUUCAAAGCCAUUAAUAAAAAUAUGCAGUUGGUGAGCCCAAUGCAGGUUACUUCUUACCUGCCACCAGCGUCAGUGGUUCUCAUCAUUCCUUGGGCUUCAGCAAGUCGUAAACUAGCCAGUGCUCAGUCUUACCCCCCCAAAUUCAUAAAACGCUUUUCUCCAGGAUUUUGGUGAAGGGUGGGCUGUGUCUGGUUUUGCUAAUGCAUCUCCCAGAUUUCAGAGAAUUACCAGUUUUGCCAUGACUCAAAGCUUAAAGAUCAAGUUCUGCCGUUCAGAUUCUCAAACUGAAGCUCAUUGGAAAAAUAAUGUAUAAUGUUACUUGUUUUAUUAUAGCAAUUCCUGAUGAAAGCAGUAUUUAAUGCAAUUUCCAGGUUUUUGCUUUUUGGGUUUUUUUUUUGAGAAUUCUGUUAUUAACUGCAUUACCUUGAACAUUGGGAAGAUGUGGCAUGUGUUGCU